AUGAACCAGUUGAUGGAAAAGUUUUGUAAUUUUUCUCUUGCUCAAAGUUAUUGUGAUGAUGGGAGAAAUUUUAUGUCACAUAUCAGUUCUAAAUAUGGGAUAAAUGCCAUGCCAGCAAUAUCAUUUGCCAUCUUAGGCUCUCUUUUGAUUUAUAGGUUAAACAGAUGGCUUAGUGACUCAGCCCAGCCCAAGCUCAAUCCUGUUGUUUAUACCAGAUCCAUGAUCAUCAGAGAAAUCCAUAGUGGUAAUGAAGUAUUGGAUAGAUUGGUGAAGGAAGAUUACAAGAAAGCUCUAGUAAAUCCAGCCACAUUAGACAAAGCCGAGAGUCUUCUAAAGGCUUUACUUGAAGAAGAACAUCUUGAUUUUAUGAAGAUUCAGCAAACUACGGCGAAACUGGAAAUGAGUGCAAAGGAAGAUUCUGCAGAGAAAAUACUUCGAGAGGCUGUAGAAAAGGCCAAAAAAACAGGCAAACCGCUUGAAGCCUACGAGAUUGAAAUGUUGCUCGUAGAAAUGCUCAUCUACAAGGGAGAGUCAGAAAAAGUCUUAAAAUGUGAAUGUUUGAAAGAUGAAUCGCUGAAAGAUGCACGGCGCCCACUGUACAAGGUACAUGUUCCUGUGUUACCAUACCAAGCAAUUGCACGCUGCAUGCUGAAUGUGGGCACAGAUAUGGCUAAACAAGAUUGGAAACAAUUCAUUGAAGCACGAGACCCAUAUUCGUCCACUGGUUCUCGUCCUGUAGUCAAUUUUGAAACGUUUCAAAGUUGUCUGCAACGACUUCAAAGUGCUAUACAAGAGGUUUCUGCAAGAAAGGGAAAGUGA